UCGACGCUGCGAUUGGGUGGGCGGUUGUCAUGGCAGCCGGAGGGGGCGGGGCCGGGGGAAGAUGGCGGCGCUGGCCCCGGAGCUGCUGCUGCUCCGCGACUCGGGCCGGUUCCUGGCCGACAACCUGCUGAGCAGCGAGGACUGGGAUGCGGCUCUCUACAGCUGCCUGGAUGAUGGGGAGGAGCCCACCGCCCUCUUCCCCUGCCUGGAGCCCAGUGCAUUGUUUGAUGAUGGUUUCGACCUGGGCAUUAACGCCAGCCCCCCAGAGCCGCCGUGGGACCAGAUGCCAACCUGCCUCUUCCCGGGUGAGCCCACCCUCCCCCCAGCAUUUGGGACAGAUGACCUCCAGGUGAAGUCCGAACCCGUGUCCCCCGCUUCCUCCCACAGCUCAGACUCCUCCAUCCUCUCCAUGACCCCUGACCUCCCAAGACAGGCCGCAAGCCCGGACGACGUGAUGGGAGUGAAAGCCGAGCACCCCCCGACCCCACCCUGCAUGUUUGGUGACGUCCUGGCCCCUCCAACUGGCACCGUCCAGAUCAGCCUUCUGCCAGCACAGGAGACACAGACAACACCAGGGAAGCCAGUGACUCCCAUCAAGGCUGAGUCGAUCCUGAGCCGGAAGCCGCCCAUCCAGCCAAAGCCGGUGGUGGUGGCCACCGUCCCGGUGCAGCCCGCAGCCACCCCCAGCCCCACCAUCCUACUGCAGACGGUGCCGGGGGCCCAGCCCCAGCCCCUGAAGCCAGCCAUCACAGUCCCAGCACCGUCUGUCGUCAUCUCCCAGAGCGACCUCCUGCACCUCCCGCUCUCAGGGCUCCUCAAGCUGCAGCCCCCGGGGAAGGAGGGCCCCCCGGCCAGGCUCCCCCCCAGCGCCCCCAAACCCGAGGCCAAAACCAUCGUUCCGGCCCCGAGCCAGCUCGGACCCUGCAACCCAGAGAUUGACGUGAAGGUGCUGAAGCGCCAGCAGCGGAUGAUCAAGAACCGGGAGUCGGCCUGCCAGUCGCGCCGGAAGAAGAAGGAGUACCUGCAGGGGCUGGAGUGCCGCCUGCGGGAGGCGCUGGCCGAGAACGAGCGGCUGCGGCGGGAGAACGCCGUGCUGCGGCGCCGGCUGGACUGCGUCCUGGGCGAGAGCAGGGAGCUGAAGUUCAGCCCUGGGAACCGGAAGGUCGUUUGCGUCAUGGUCGUGCUGCUCUUCAUCGCCUUCAACUUCGGGCCCGUCAGCAUCAGCGAGCAGAAGGCCGUGGAGACGGUGCCGCCCAGCCAGGGGGCGGGGGCCGGGCAGAGCCGCCGGCACCUGCUGGGUGUGGUGGAGCAGCCGGCGAAGGAGGAGCCAGGGGAGCCGCGGGAGGAGCUGGCCCCCACCAGCGUGGGCAAGACCAGGUUCAGGAACCUCACGGCCGCCCUCUCUGGCAUGAAGGACCUGAUGCUGCGGGACCUGGACAAGCUGUUUCUGGCGUCCGACUGCCGCCACUUUAACCGCACUGAGUCGCUCCGGCUGGCGGACGAGCUCAGCGGCUGGGUGCGUCGGCACCAGAUCAACCGCAGGAAGCCCCUGCAGUCCCGCAAGCCACGGGCCAAUCAGGAGUCACCCCAGAGGAAGGCUCCCAGCCCGUCGCGAUAUGUCCCAGCCAGCCCCCCCGAACACCCAGAGAGGGACUCGCUGAGCCAGCUGCAGGUCUAUCAGCGCCCCGAUCGCACGGAGCACGACUUCAUGGACGCCAUCGACCGGCGGGAGGACACGUUCUACGUGGUCUCCUUCCGUAGGGAUCACCUCCUGCUCCCGGCCAUCAGCCACAACAAAACCACCCGGCCCAAGAUGUCGCUGGUGAUGCCAGCCAUGGCGCUGAAUGAGAGCCUGUACAACGCGUCGCGGGGCUUCGAGGUGAUGAUGCAGAUCGACUGCGAGGUGAUGGACACGCGCGUGAUCCACAUCAAGAGCUCCACGGUGCCGCCCUCCCUGCUCCGCCCCCCGGCGCCGGACAACCGCACCCAGGCGCCCUCCGUGCAGGCCCGCCCGGCCCGGGGCCCCCUGCGCCCCACGCGCUCCCUGCCCUCCGCCCGCCGCCCCCGCACCUUCUACCUCGGGGAGCAGGGCGAGGGCUAGCCACGCCCCUCUGCGGGAGCCACGCCCACCCGGGGCUACCCACGCCGCUCACGAGGGCCACGCCCACCUGGGGUUAGCCACGCCCCUUGGUCACAGCCGUGCCCACCUAGGGCUCGCCUUGCCCCCCCCGAUAUGCGACCUUGGCAAUGGCCACCCCCAUAAGUGGCUACUGGAUAGCUCCUCCCACCUGAGCAGCACUAGCCCCACCCCCUUUCAGAGAACCCCUCCUCCCCCAGGAGCCUAGCCCCGCCCCCUCAGGCACUGCCCCUUCCCCCAUGGGUGAGGGCUAGCCCUACCCCCUUAGUGACCACCCCUCCCACAUGAGACAGCACUUCCCUCCCCCCCCCGCUCCCCGAGGGAGACCCGCCUCUGGCCUAGAUGGUCUGGGGGACAGCGCUUGGACCCCUCCUUCCUUGGGGCGACCCACCCCUUGUGCUCCCCAUUCCCAUGGGGGGGGUGAUCCUGCCCCCCCUGCCCCCGUACUGCACUAUCGUCCCCUGUGGAUAUUUAUAGACUGAGGGGGCUGUGAUGAGGGAUUGGGGGGGCUCCCCUGCCUUUGGGGUGCCUCCCUCACACAGGGCCCCCUCUUUUCUGGAUCCCCCCAGCAGGAUCCUGCCCCGGGGGCUUUUUUACAUCUAUGAAUAAAGGCGAGAGGUGACUGUGAA